AUGAGUGAAACACAAAAAGUACAAUAUUUGGUUGUUGAUACAAGUGCUUUUAUACAAAAUGCACCUUUGCAGACUAUCGGUGUUAACAUAAUAACAGAACAAGAUGUAGUGAAUGAAAUUAAAAAUAAAAGGCAAUUAAGAAGACUAGUUGUCCUACCAUAUGAUUUAACAAUACAAAAUGCACACUCUGAAAACAUUACAUUUGUUACAGAAUUUGCCAAAAAAACUGGUGAUUACACUAGUUUAUCAGCAACUGAUAUAAAAGUGAUUGCAUUAACAUAUCAGCUAGAAAAAGAAAAAAUAGGAAUUAAUCAUUUGAAAACUAUGCCAACAAUAGCUCAAACUAUAGAUUCCAACAUUGAAAAGGCUGAAGAUCUUCAUAUUUCUUUAGCUGGCUUUUAUAUGCCAGAAAAAAAAAAAAAUGUUAAUGAGGAAUCCACAAUACAUAAUAAUUAUGAAAAUUCUAAACAAGAAAAGUGUUCAGAGAGUAAUAAUGAAAAAAAAAUAAAAAUAAAUUUGAUAAAUGAUGUAAAGAAUCUUGAUUAUGAAGAAAAAAGUGAAGAAAUUGAAUCUAUCGAUAGUAAAUCGUCUGAUGUUGAAUCUGAUUAUGAAACAGCAAAUUCUGAUAUGGAUCAAGAUCAAACAGAAGAUUUGUCUUCUAAAUUUGCAAAAUUAACUUGUGAAUCAACAGAGUUUAUAGUUCAAGAUAAAAAUGAUAUUGAACAUAAUGUUGAUGAUAUUCUUGUUCCAUUGAAAAAAAACAAUAAUGAUAAAGAUAAAUAUAAUGAAUAUGAAGAUGAUGAUGAUGAUGAUGACAAUGAUAAUGAUGUUGAUAAUGGCGACUAUGAUGAUGAUGAAGAUGCUGAUGAUGAUAGUGGUUGGAUUACACCUGGAAAUAUUUACAAUAUAAAGAAGGAACUAGAUUCAGACUUUCUUGAACAAAAGUCUGUAACUGUUGCAUGUUUAACAAUGGAUUUUGCCAUGCAAAAUGUUUUGAAACAAAUAGGAUUAAAUGUAGUUUCAUUAGAUGGUAGAACAAUUAAACAAAUGCGAACAUACAUUUUUAGGUGUUAUGCAUGUUAUAAAACUACUAGUAUUAUGACCAAAAUUUUUUGCCCCAAUUGUGGUAAUAAAACAUUAAAAAGAGUUGCAGUUACAAUAAAUGAAGAAGGAAAACAAAAAAUUCACAUUAAUUUCCGGAAGCCAAUUUCAAAAAAAGGAAAACGGUUUUCUUUGCCAAUGCCACAAGGUGGAAAGCAUGCAAAUAAUCCUCUGCUUUGUGAAGAUCAACCAGUACCUGAUCAAAGACCAUCAAGACUGGCACGUACUAAAAAUAAUCCUUUACAAGAUGAUCAUAUAGCUGAAUAUUCUCCAUUCAUGAUGCGCGAUGUUCAUUCUAAAUCAGCUAUGUUAGGUAUAAGGUCAAAAGGGCCCUUAAAAUAUUGGAUGCGUAAAAAUCCAAAUGAAGUUAGAAGAAAAAGAAAAUAA